GCGGCAUGGAGGCGCUGCGGCGCGGGGUCGGAGCCGCCGGGCGGCGGGCCGCUCUCCGGGUCGGGGCCCGGACGGCCCACGGAGCGGCGGGCAGCGGGGCCUUGGCCCUGGCCGACGUGCUGAGGCUGCCCGAGAGGCAGGCGACGGCGCUGCUGUUCCCCCUGCGGGAGCUGGGGCGGCACGUGGCCCGGGAAGCGUGGCCCGGCGCCUUCUGCGCCUUCAGCCCCAGCCUGCGGGCCGUGGCGCGGGCCGAGGAGCUGUUCGUCCCUUCGGGCCCACACCGCAUCGACUUCACCGGCUCCGCCGUCCGCCUCGAACACGCCCCGCCCCCCGGCCGCCCCGAGGUCUGCUUUAUAGGCAGAAGCAACGUUGGAAAGUCAUCCUUGCUCAAGGCUUUGCUUUCACUGGCCCCCGAGGUGGAAGUCAGAGUAUCCAAAAAGCCGGGGCACACAAAGAAGAUGCAGUUUUUCCACAUUGGAAAGUGUUUUACAAUCGUAGAUAUGCCAGGUUAUGGCUACCGAGCGCCUGCAGAUUUUGUCGACAUGGUGGAGGCCUACCUGAAAAACCGGCAGAGCCUGUCGAAAACAUUUUUGUUAUUGGAUAGCGGUGUAGGAAUUCAGAAAGCAGACUACAUUGCUAUAGAAAUGUGUGAAGAAUUUGCAUUACCCUAUGUGCUCGUGUUAACCAAAAUUGAUAAGGUUUCCAAGGGCUACUUAAUAAAGCAGCUGCUCCAGAUCCAAGAGUUCGUGAACAAGCAUACCCAGGGGUGCUUCCCUCAACUGUUUCCCGUGAGUGCUGUCACCUGUUCUGGAAUCCAUCUGCUGCGCUGCUUCAUCGCAGAUGUAACGGGAAACCUCCCCCCAGAUGCUCCCCACGCCCACAGGGAGGGGGCCGCUGAGACCAGUCAACUUAACACCUCUCAGAGAAAGUCCAGGACUGGUACCUGGACAGGAAUGGGGCUCUGAUGGAGGAGGCUGAAAAAGGUCAGCAGCAUUCUCAAAUGGACUAGAGCCCCUUCUCAAGCAGGGGAAGGUGUGAAGUAAACUGUUAAACCAUCCUCACACAAUAUGAAUAAAGUCAUCCUUUAGGUAGGGUGAAACCCCACCGGAAGAGAUAUUGUGAUCAAGUAAAAACAAAACCCAGUGUAAAGUA